CUUCCUGACGCGUAGUUACUCUGUGCCGUUGCGUAUCCAUUCCAGUGGCGCCGACACCUAGUUCUACGCCAAGAUUGAGUGCUUACGACGACUGACCAAUAACAGCUACUAAGGGCCGCAACGAAGAACUCCUCGUGCUCAGCCAAAGCAGCUUCGUUUUCACCUGCACGUCUUCAGCGCCGGUCCAACAAAUUUAGGACUUGAGGAGCUUUCGGAGCCACCACCCAGUCUCGAAAUUCCAGCUGGUCCACGCUCUGUGCCGGCUGGCAUUUCGAGCACGGAAAUACUCCCAGCGGCACCGCAUUUUUGUCAGCUCGAGUAUUAUGGUAGAGAGGUUCCCCGUGUCGGAAGAAGCCAUCUUUCGAACCGACCCAAGGCCCGUGCGGACCGCGGUCUGGCAGGAGUCCCUGGCCGUCUCCAUACCAUCGCCCCUGCCUUCGUACCGCAAAAAUUCCUAACAGACGUCUUUCACCCGGCGGGCAUUGGUGACAGCCCCUCGUGAACUUCGCUGCAUUCCGUCAGCUCUUCUUCCGGUCGACCAGAAGUAGUUGGCGCCUUUGCCACCAUGAACGGAAAUAGCCAACAGCUACAGCUUGGCUUGGCCGCCAAGCUGACUUGUGCUGGCUCGGCUGCCUGCAUAGCGGACGCCAUCACUUUCCCCCUAGAUGUCGCCAAGGUGCGGUUGCAGAUCCAGGGCGAGGGCACGACUGGCUACAAGAGGUCGAGCCUCAAGUACCGCGGCGUGCUGGGCACCGUGGUGACCAUCGCGCGCCAGGAGGGACCCGCCCGGCUGUACGGAGGUAUCGGCCCUGGACUCCAGCGGCAGUUCUGCUUCGCCACAGUGCGCAUCGGCUUCUACGACAGCGUCAAGGAAUCGUACAGCAUGGCCAUCCUCGGACACAACAAGGGCGGCAACUCCGCGUCCGUGCUGGGCAUCCGCAUCCUGGCCGCCGUCACUACGGGCGCUCUGGCCGUGGGCCUGGCGCAGCCCACCGACGUGGUCAAGGUGCGCAUGCAAGCUCAGUCUGGCACGGCGCCCCGCCGGUACCGCAACUCCUUCCAGGCGUACCGCACCAUCGGCCGAGAAGAGGGCAUGCGAGGACUCUACAGGGGCAUGCUUCCGAACAUCGCGCGCAACAGCAUCGUCAACGCGGCCGAGCUGGUGUGCUACGACAGCGUCAAGGAGGCCAUCCUGUCGCGGGGCCUGCUGGGGGACAACAUCUCGUGCCACUUCGUGGCGGCCUUCGGGGCGGGCUUCUGCGCCACCGUGGUCGCCUCGCCCGUGGACGUGGUCAAGACGCGAUACAUGAACGCCGGCGCGGGACUCUACUCGGGCGCCGUCGAGUGCGCCGUGCGCAUGUUCCACGAAGGCGGACUCAUUGCCUUCUACAAAGGGUUCACGCCCUCGUUCGUCCGACUAGGUUCAUGGAACAUCUGCAUGUUCAUCACGUACGAACAGCUGAAGCGACUGUUCCACCACUUGAACAGCGGCGACGGCUCGUCCAACUGCCUGAUCGUGGGCCAGGACAAGAUACACCUCUCUCGCUAUUCGGUGCUGGCCGAGCCCAGCGCCGCCAUCAUCCUUUAAGCCUGUACAUAUCACAUACCUUCCCCAUCUCACUCGUCAUGCAAAUAGGCUGAAAUAGACAGGAGUGUGCACUAUAGGUUGACGCGCUGGCACGAUUACAGUCAUGGCAGUGGCGGUGGUUACUGAACAUUCUGCAGACGACAAUAAUUUCCAGCCAAACUCAUUGGUGCAGACGAAACUAGCGGAACUGUACCACGAUAAGACUUUUUUUUUACAUUAUCAGAAGAUAAAAACAAGCAACGCAACCUAAAUAGCAUACACACCCUAAAAAAAAGAAAGGUCCCUCGUGACACACCUACUGUGUUAUCAAUUAUUAGGAGCUUAAGAAAGCUUGCUCUGACAUCGCGGCGCCCCAGAAUGGCAGGGUCUAGUUCGAUUCGCGGAGAUUACGAAUCGUUUGUACUGGUAAGUAUCGAGUCUUCAGGUGAUUCUAGCACUCGGCAGCGAAAACGCUAUUUAAGAGCACAUCAACUGGCUUCACUAUUUUGGAAUGUUGCUCACGUUUUCUUUUUAAUAAUGUGUACGGUCAGAUAUGCGUAUUCGUGUCGGUUAGACGAACAUAUAUGCAGCUUUACAUUUUCACGUCAAACUUUGUCGACGAAGGCAGAAUUCUCAAGGAGGAAAACACAUAUAUAUUAUAUUAUUGAAAGGGAGACUUGUCUGCCGAGCUGCUCCUAAAAAACUUUUUCUGCAGCCACUAGAAGACGUGUAGACGCCUCUCCGGAAAUUUCAUGAAUUGCCUUAGGCACCGUGCGAACUUGUAGCGCUACAGUAGUUUUUCCCCACUGGUAUAGGCUACUUGCAUGUUACCCACUAGCUAGACUGCGAACUCAAAAGAUCGAAAAAAGAAGACUUGGUGACGACUUAUUCAUACAUGGCGUCUGUAUUAUCUAUGCAGCUAAAAUAAGUUUAUAAUAAUGCCACAAAGCUGCAUAUAUGCAGACUAUCGACAAUAUUCAUACUGUCUAGGUUGUUUUUUUAUAGGGAAGAGUACGCUGAGUAUCUACUUUGCACAAGGAAACGAAUCUAGAAGGAGCGAAAAGAACAUUGAAAGAUGAUUUUGUUGAUGAAAGAAGUUUCCCAUAUAUAAAUAAACAUGUAGGAGAGUGGAAAGUGGCUUUCUCAAAUCCAUGGCCCUAGUCCAGUGCUGUGCAAAUAGUUGAGAACAGUCUCCGUAGUCCUCGCUGCCAUGAGGUCACGCCAUGAUCCCAAAAUAACAGCUUCGCAUAAUGUUUUCCUGCCGAUGCAUGCUAGCCAAGAGGUCAGCGUCUGCCUCUCGCGGGCGAUGGGCAUGCGCGUUCCUAUAAUUAGUUAUAAAGUAUACUGAAGGCAAUAAAAAGUCAAUAGAAAAACAGCGUUCUCUUAAGAACUUCUACAAGGGUGCUGUGCUAUUUCGUAAACACAUAUAAAAGCGAAGCCCAGCAAACAGCUCUAGCUCUCUGCUGAAAAUUUUGAUAUGGGCGAUCCAAUAAUUGCAUCCGCUUUCCGUACCAUUUCUUCUCGACUGUCGUCGAGCCUUGUCACUUUGUUUGGAGAUCGAUGGCUAAUAUAUGAAAAAUUAUAAAACUGCAUACGGAUAACGUCUCAGUGCUGUUUGGCACGCCUGUCUAUCUCACCUAAUAAAUCACUCAUAAAUCACUACCCCGAUAUUAUGAAGGAAAUAGGUUGAGUUAUAGUUACUCUAAAACAAGAACAGCCCAAGCGUUCAGCCUUUAUCACAACCUUAUCAUAACCUUUCAUCUCAGCGUACGUCUGUGAGACGACAGAGAAAAACAUAUCUGUCUCGCAGGACACAUCUAUAAGGCAUGCUGCCGCCAUCAUAUAUUUACUAUUGACGCCCGUUCAGUGCAUUUUAACUUGGCCCUAAAGGCUACCCUUGCUCGUCACCGCGAGGUGUUUCGCAUAUCGUAAACCUUGUCAAGGGCUGCGGGCCUGUUUAGGUUCGUUGUGUUAACCCCUGAAGACAACCACAUAAUCGUCUGAUCAUGUAACACCGUUUCUAACACAAAGAGCGUGGCUACAGCGAUGUGCUCCGCGUUGUCAAGACUUGUUUCCUUGAGUUUGUAUAAGUUGAAAUGACGACACCGAGUCUAAUGCUCUCACCGCGACCAACCAUUUGGUGCUCGGGUGCUGGGCGUGUCAGAAGGUUGUAUUAAAACCCCUCUAUUUUGUA